AUGGCGGAAAACGAGGUAGAUUUGGACUCUAUCAUAGACAGGCUUCUCGAAGUCAGGGGCAGCAGGCCCGGCAAGCAGGUCCAGCUGCUCGAGACUGAGAUCCGCUAUCUGUGCACCAAGGCACGAGAAAUCUUCAUCUCACAGCCUAUCCUCCUCGAGCUUGAGGCACCGAUAAAGAUCUGUGGUGACAUUCAUGGCCAGUACUACGAUCUGCUCCGUUUGUUCGAGUACGGCGGUUUCCCACCCGAGGCCAACUACCUCUUCCUCGGCGACUACGUAGACCGUGGCAAGCAGUCGCUCGAGACCAUCUGCCUGCUCCUUGCAUACAAGAUCAAGUACCCCGAGAACUUCUUCGUCCUGCGUGGCAACCACGAGUGCGCAUCAAUCAACCGCAUCUACGGCUUCUACGACGAGUGCAAGCGGAGAUACAACAUCAAGCUAUGGAAGACGUUCACCGACUGCUUCAACUGCCUGCCCAUUGCCGCAAUCAUCGACGAGAAGAUCUUCACGAUGCACGGUGGUCUGAGUCCCGACCUGAACUCCAUGGAGCAGAUCAGGCGUGUAAUGCGACCAACUGAUAUUCCGGAUUGUGGCCUACUGUGUGAUCUCCUAUGGUCUGAUCCUGACAAGGACAUUACCGGAUGGAGCGAGAACGACAGAGGUGUCAGCUUCACAUUCGGCCCCGACGUUGUAUCUCGUUUCCUACAAAAACACGAUAUGGAUCUCAUAUGCCGUGCCCAUCAAGUCGUGGAAGACGGCUACGAGUUCUUCUCCAAGCGUCAGCUCGUAACACUGUUCAGCGCUCCCAACUACUGUGGUGAAUUCGACAAUGCGGGUGCGAUGAUGAGCGUUGACGAGAGCUUGUUGUGCUCCUUCCAGAUCCUGAAACCUGCCGAGAAGAAACAAAAGUACGUUCCCAAACUUGGCGGCAGCAGACCAACGUCUCCUGGCAACAAGAAGCCUUAG